AUGUUUUUGCUCAUAUAUCUGCAGACAUCUCUCUCCCCCCACUCUCUCUCUCUCUUGCUCUUUCUAUUUCUUUCUUUUUUCUUUCUUCUUUUCUUUCUUUUUUUUUCUGUCUGUCUGUCUUUCUUUUAUGCUUCUUAUUUUUACUGCUUCUACUUUCGUCUUCUUAUUUCUUAUCUCUCUAUUUUACAUUCCCUAUACUUGUUUCUUUCUUUCUUUCUUUCUUUUUUCUUUCUUUCUUUCUUUCUUUCUUCUUAUUGUUUUGGCAUCUUAUUUCUUAUCUCUCUAUUUUACCUUCCCUACUCUUCUUUCUCUUUUCUUUUCUUUUCUUUUCUUUUCUUUUCUUUCUUUCUUUCUUUCUUUCUUUCUUCUUAUUGGUUUCGGCGUCUUAUUUCUUAUCUCUCUAUUUUACCUUCACUACAUUUCUUUCUUUCUUUUCUUUUCUUUCUUUCUUUCUUGCUUUCUUUCUUUCUUUUUUGCUUCUUAUUGUUUUCGGCAUUUUAUUGCUUUUCUCUCUCUUUUACCUCCCUACACAUCUUUCUUUCUUGCUUUCCUUUUUUCUUGCUUUCCUUUUUUCUUGCUUUCUAUCUUGCUUGUUUCUUUUUUUCUUUCUCCUCUUUUGGUUUGUUUUUCAUCACUCUCUUUUCUUCCACUUUUUAUUUCAGCCGACAGUUUUUUUACAUGUCAUCUUUUACACCCUUUUUGUCUUCAUCUUAUUUUGUUUGUAUUGUUUUCUUUCUCCUUCCAUUACUACUACUACUACUACUCUCUUCCCUUCUCUUAUUCUCUUCCUUCUUUCAUUCUCAACUUAUUACAACUUUGUCUUACUACAAAAAGUCUUUUUUCUCCGUUUUCCUUUUCCUCCUCCUCCCCUUCCUCCUCUUCCCUCUCAUUUCUUUUUCUCUCUCCAUCAGAAGUUUAAUUCUUGUAACUUAUUUCACGGUUAUCGUGUUGAUCUUUGAUUUUUUAUUCUUAUUCAUUCUUUUUAUUCUUCUAUAUUUUGUCAUUCUACAUUUGCUUCUUUUUUAUCCUUUUUUUCUUCUCUUUCUUUACUUUCAUUUACGUUUUCUACUACGCAAAAUUAACCAGCUUAGCUGUCAAUCAAACAGUUUAUCAUCGGAUCUAUCUAUCUAUCUAUCUAUCUAUCUAUCUAUCUAUCUAUCUAUCUACAAUAAUGCUCUCUCUCUCUCUCUCUCUCUCUCUCUCUCUCUCUCUCUCUCUUUAUCUAUCUAUCUAUCUAUUUAUCUAUCUAUCUACCUGUCUGUCUGUCUAUCUGUCUGUCUAUCUGUUCAAGGUAUCUAUCCACUUAUUUCUGUUGUUUGA